AUGGAAGAAUAUGCACGGGAACCAUGCCCGUGGCGCAUUGUUGAUGACUGUGGUGGGGCUUUCGCUAUGGGAUCCAUCGGUGGCUCACUUUUUCAAGUGUUCCGUGGAUUCAGGAAUGCCCCUAGCAAGAGUCCUUUGAUUUACCAGGGCAUGAACCGUCGACUGUUGGGCAGUUUACUGGCUGUGAAAGAGCGUGCACCGAUCAUUGGUGGUAGCUUUGCCAUCUGGGGAGGAAUGUUCACAACGUUGGACUGUUCCCUUGCUCACAUGAGAGGAAAAGAGGAUCCAUGGAAUUCUAUUAUGAGUGGAGCGGCAACAGGAGGCAUUCUUGCAGCUCGCAAUGGCCCAGCUGCGAUGGCAGGAAGUGCCAUCAUUGGUGGCGUGCUCCUUGCCCUUAUCGAGGGUAUUGGGAUAAUGUUCACACGCAUGUCCGCAGAGCAGUUUAAGCCAAUGAACCCGCAGAUGGAGGAAGCUCAACAACUAGGUACACCGUUUGGACAACAGCAGCAAUACCAGUAGUUUUAAAAAAAUUCGAUUCUUUUUUCUUGACCCGCGAGCGCAGAUUUAUUUUGUUGAAUUCUUUGCUUUGGAGCAAUGGUGUGCUCAUUGUUAGAUUGAGGGUAGGUGAUCGCGAAACACGCGUGGACGGUGAUUUGCGCGAUUUGUUUUGGCAUUGAGUCGAGUGUGUCUCGAAAGAUUAAAGCUUUUUGGAUUGGUCGAUGAGGAAAGCAGUCGCGAAUGAUUAUUUGUAAAACAAGGAAAAACCUUCUAUCUACUAUCCGCGCUUUCGCGCAAUUUCUAAAAUAUGUUCUCUUUACAGGAUUGUUUCCUGAGUAUAUGAACAAUGAAAGCUGAUGCAUGGACUUGGAUUGCAUGCCCAGUCGUUCAAUCAAUUCCACGAUUUCUAUUAUACCCGUUAUUCAAUUGAAGUGUUCUGUUUUGAAAGCUGAUGGAAAUUUUCGUCGUUGAAACCCCAAUCCAUUCCAAGAUGAGUUAAUUAACUGUGAAUUGAUUGAUUCGAUUCUUGUGAUGCGUUUCUUCGUUCGACCAGCACUCAACAGCCUAUCUGAAGAAUUGAGAUAACAAAUUUUUCACUCCCAACUUUUCUGAUCGGUCUGCCAUAUUUUAUUAUACGGGAAUUAUUUUUAAUGAAAGAUUUAGCUUCAUUUCCCACGGUUCACCUGGAUUAAUUUAAAAAUUUUUGUGAAGGUACAGAAGUAAUCCCCGAAGUAAUUUCUUUCAAGCAUAAGAAUAAAAGGCCCUCUUUCCGACGUUGCAUUUUGCUUUUGAUCCAAUAAAAUACAGUACUUCUUUGAAGCCAAAUGCCAC